AUGGACUCGGUGCAACCUUCUCAGUCACGAGAGAGCUCCCACUUCCUGGUAGAGCCAAUUUCAGCUUCGAUUUUGGCUGAAAAAGAAGCCCACAGGCGUAAUGCAGCCGCGGUCCUGGGGACCUGUAAGACAGGAUGCUCAGUCGUGGAUGACGAUGUUUUGCUGGGCGGCUUCGAACGCGCAAGUAUUGUGGGCAUCAGUGCCGAGGAUGAAGAUUUGGGAGUCCAGCUUGGCCUUCAGACACUGGCGCAUUCUUUAUUGGAGGGGUCAGUCAAGAAUGCACUGCUCAUCACACCGAAGCCGACAAGUGCUAUGUUAGGGAGCUUAAGGGAUGCUAUCAAAGCAGAGCUCGAGACACGCGGAUAUACGAGGGAUAAGACAAAGUUGAGGCAGUGUCUCGAUAAUGUGAUGCUGUCCUGUGUAUUUGAUCUGGAUGGUUUAUGGGAGGUCUUGGCCGACCUGGACCGAAGUGAGCCAAAAGAAAAAGAAGAAGGUGUCUUCUCACACAGGGAACAGGAGGCACAGAAGCAAGAUACAACACAAAGAGCACCAGUCGAUGAGAUUCAGGACAGCCAGGACGACGAAGACACGGCAUUCUCCCCCGUUGACCAAACUUCAGAACUUGUGCAAGAGAAAGAGGCGCCAAGCAAAAUGACGCCGCACCCAGAAGUCAUCGUGAUAACCCAUUUCUCCUCUCUUUUAACUAGCCUCUUCGCCCAUCGCGAAAAGGUAGCCGCCCACACUUCUCUUCAGCUUCUGGGCUCUCACCUGCGUGACCUCUCACGGAAUCUUCCAUCUAAUCCACUGAUCGUUCUACUCAACUCUACAUCAUCAAACUUCUCAGGCCCAACACAUAGUGCUAUAGCCUCUCCUGCAAAACAGACCUUUGUCGAUCCAACGCUGCGAUCCAUCUUCAACCCACCUUUAGUCACAGGCUACAGCAGUCGACGAACAAAACCCAAUUUCGGUCUCUCAUUUGCUCAGCUGUUGGACUUGCAUAUUCUGUGCACCAGGAUUCCCAAAACGAGAGUAGACGCAGAGAUGGCAGUGCAGAAGCGCUCUGGUGAGGAGGUCAAUAUGGCUUGGGUUGUAGAGGUGCUGUUGGAUGAGAUGGGUGUCUGGGAAGGCAAGAUGGGGGUAAGGGUGGGUAGAGAGCAGAGAUGGGCGAUUGUUGAAGUUGAGAAGGGAAGAGUACAAGGUGCAUUCAGCGAAGCACUCGCGCAGUGUCUGCAAGAAUCCGAAUGUGUCAUGGUCGAGCGCAACAGCGCCGCCGACUGUCUCCGCGAACCCCUCGUCAACACUCUCCCCCUCAAGUGCCGCCAGCUAAAGAAGGGCUUCGGCGAGUGCAAGCGUGGCAUGGUCGAUAUGCGCAAGCGAUUCCGCGGCAACAUGCCCGUGGCGUACCGUACAAUGGAGCAAGCCGAGGAGGGUCAGGGAUAUCAACUUUACGCCGGCCGGCCAGCCUUUGCAGGCGGUGUCAAGAAGACGGACGGAAACGAACCUAUUCCUAAAGAUUGGAGAGAAGUCGAGAACGACAAGUGGAAGGCCGAGCAAGCGGCCAUGGCACAGGAGAAGAAGUGA